UUGAAGUUAAAAAUGAGGAGGAGGAUUAUGCACACCUAGGCAUUAACGGCGCACAUUCGAAGACUAUUUUAGCAGCUAAAACCCCCUCCAAAAUUUCAACACCAAAUCCUCCCAAACUCAAAAUCUCUGCAGAUUCUUUGAUCUGCACGAAUUGAGCUUGAUUGGAUAUUAUUCAGAUUCAACUAUCAAGAGAUUAUCAGAAGCAAAAAACUCUAAAUGGCUGACCAGAAAAAGCAAGUCACCAAGAUCAACCAGCUGCGUCCGCUGGAUGCCGGGCUCAAUCUAACUGUAAAGGUUGUCAGUGCUAAGAUGGUGGCACAGAGAGGUCGGAAUCAAGGGCGGUUCUCUGAGUGCUUGGUUGGAGAUGAGACAGGAAUCAUUAUUUUUUCUGCACGAAAUGAUCAAGUGGAUCUUGCAAAAGAGGGCAACACUCUCGUCCUCUCGAAUGCAAAGAUUGACAUGUUCAAGGGUUCGAUGAGGCUGGCUGUGGACCGCAGUGGUCGUGUUGAAGUGGGGGAGGCUGCCAGCUUCUCUGUGGACGAGAGCAACAACCUAUCGUUGAUCGAGUUUGAACGGAUCGAUGUCGUCGUCUGAGCAGCAGUUUGUCUUUCAAACUAGAAGCUAUGCAUGUGUAAGACAGUUUUGCCUAGAACUUGUACCGCCGGGGACAUGUUUUUACUAUCGCACUUUAGCUUAUAUUUAUUGAACACGUUUUCAUUA